CCAGAACAGUCUGGACCAUCUCUCAGCACCCUUCCUGUAGGUAGGUAGAGGCCCAGAGAUGACAAUCCGCUUACCUGUGCCCAUCAGGGUGGAGAGGAGAGUGGUGAAGUCUCUCCGGAGUGCUGUCGACCGUCCCUCUCUGAUGUCGUUUGUGCCCACAUGCACGAUGAUGUUGUCGACCUUGGCGUGGCGGGCGAGGAUGCCGGGAAGUUUGUGCUGGAUGCAUCUGUUGCCACCACCCUCGGAAAAGGUUUUCUGGCUGUCCGCAAAGCAGAACAUCUGUGUGUCGCAAGCCAAACCCCGAGCUACAGAGACUACACAGGCACACAAAAGACUAUGGAAGUAAGACUGAAUGCAUUAAAACCAGGUCACAAUUUUCUCGAACCUUUCCCUGGGGGACGCAACAACGUGGAAACGAAAACACCACACACCGGCCACAACAACGGGACGGGCCGCCACUCGCGGGACGCGUGGACCGAUGGAGGCACUAUGAAGGCUGCGAUCCAGCUGGUGGAGAAGCUGGGAGCCACUAUUGUAGGUGUAGCAGCUGUGGCCAUCGAGAACACUGAAGGAGGAAAGUGGAUUAACUAAAAUUAAAAAUUCCCUCACUGCAUCCCCGAAGAGCUCCAGAGCCACCAGAAGUAUCUUGAUUCCUUCAAACAUUUCAACUGAACCAGAAAAGCAUGGUUUCUUACAACUUUAGUAAAGAAAAUAGUAGCAUUAAUAGUAUUUUCUAUGCCUACAUUGGCCAAAAAAGUUUUAUCUGAAUAGACACGUUUUCAUCUACAGCCGUAACAUAAAAUAGUGAAAUCUGUUUGUUAAACAGCAAGCUAUACUGUGAUUUCAACUAAAUAAUUG